GUUCACUCCACCCAACCCCACCCUUGGCCCGAACGCAACACCAUCAACCCUGCGUUGUUUCACCACUUCCAGCUUCUCCCAUCUCCUCCUUCAGCACAAAUACUCCCUUCGGCGCUUUUUUUGGCCACCUCAGUACGAUUCCCCACGGACAGUCAUGACGGAGCCACGAGACGAGCACUGGUACCUGGACCCAGAGGUCGAAGUGGGCAAGAUCACAGUCCCGGAACUGCGCAGCAUCUUGCUCAAGCAUGGCGUGACGUAUCCAUCAUCGGCGAAAAAGCCAGUGCUUGUUGCUCUCUUCAACGAACGCAUUUUGCCCCAGGCCGACAAGAUACACCUAGCCCAGGCGCGCACGAAGCCAUCCACGCGGGGCAUCGAAGAUGUGCCCUCCAGCCAAGCGAGCACUACCACCGACGAUGCUGAGGACGAGACCCUUCUAGCGCCUCCCCCAACCUCGAGGCGACCCUCACGCCGCACAACACGAGCCGCGACGGAGGAGCAGCAAGACCGAGUCGUGCCCGUGCGACGAGGCAAGACGCCAUCGACGGCUGUACCCACAAAGCAUGCCCGGGGAUCGGACGCUGAAGUGGAGGAGCAGCCCCCUGUGCGUCGCAACCGUAAGAGUGUCACUCCCGCCAUCAAGCAGGACUUGCCCGACCCCGAGGCGUGGCACCGACACGACGAUGAGAGCCCAUUCACGCAGGACAAUCCUUUCCAGAGCGGCAGCUCCCCGCCGCUACCCGACUCGAAGGCUCGCGACCGGAGGAGGAAAACAAUGGGCUUCGAGCACAAGGAGAAGCGUAAGAGCGAUGUGAAUCGUCGAAGGUCAGCUAUGCCCAACGUUGAGCAACAUGACGAGGGCAUCGUAGUCCCGACACGCCGGACGUUCGACAUGCCCAUUUCUCGCAUCAAGAAGGCGGAGUCGGAGGUCGAAAAUGAUAACAUUGAGCCAGGAGAGGAGUUCACGCCGGAAGAGCAGUUGGAGCUGGUUCGCGAAAAUGCUAUGGCCGGGAAGUCGGAUAUCCUACCUCCUAGGAGAAAGGAGAAAUCAUCCAAAGCGAGCGGCACUUUGAAGGCCUUUUCGUUGACUCUUCUAAGCACAACAAUAGCAAUCUUGGGUGGAGCUUGGAGGCAAGAGAAGUUCGCUGUGGGAUAUUGUGGUGUCGGUAGAGACUCAACUUCACUUGCGGGGAUUGAAAUUCCAGACUGGGCCGACUUCCUUGUUCCCCAGUGUGAGCCUUGCCCUCAACAUGCGACCUGUCAUCAAAAUCUGGAGGUAGUCUGUGACCGCGAUUUCGUCGAGAAACCUCAUCCAUUAUCAAUUGGACGUCUGGUUCCGCUUCCUCCGACGUGCGAGCCAGAUAGCGAGAAGACACGGCGGAUCACCCAGGUGGCUGACAGGAGCGUCCAUAUCCUGAGGCAGCGCAAGGCAAAGUACGAAUGUGGCGAGCCAGACGCAGAAGGCAAAGCGGUCGAGAGCCCAGAGAUUGGAGAAACUGAGUUGAUGGAGGCAGUUUCAUCCAUGAAACGGAAAGGCAUGUCACAGGAAGAGUUCGAAGAUCUAUGGAAGAGCGCCUUGGGUGAGAUGGUCACCCGCGAGGAGAUCGUCGAGGGCACGGACGGAACCUCUGGCGGACGAACACUUGCAUCAGACUCUCUCGCCGAGCUCUCCCUCUCCUGUAGCUUCAGGAGAUCCCUCCGACAGACGCUUGAACGAUAUCUUUGGCAGCUUGUUCUAAUAUUUUUAGUAAUUGGGUCUGGGUUCUAUGGGCGCUCCUUAAUCACGUCGAGCCGCGCCACCGAGGCUCGUGCGAAGCAGUUAGCUAGUGAUGUCUUUGAUAGGCUUGCCAAUCAUGCUGCACUGAAUCAUCAAGAGCCCAGCGCGUAUCCCGAGCUAGGAAUCAGCAUGACGCAGCUUCGGGAUGAUAUUCUUCGGACCGAAUUUUCUGCUAUCAGGCGCAAGAAGCUAUGGGAGAAGGUGCAAAAGAAAGUGGAGCAUAACUCGAAUGUGCGUGCGGCAGUACGGGAGAAUCGGAGUGGAGACGUGGCACGGAUGUGGGAAUGGAUUGGCCCAGUCCAAAUGAUCGAUGAUGGACGUGGAAGCGGAAGGAGGGAGAGCUCUCGAUACAGUUUGGGACCUCUCAUAGGGAGCAGCCCCCCAACUGCAACUCCGCGUCAGUCAAAGGAGCUUACGAACCCAGCGUGGGAGGAAAGCAGGCCGAUUUAUUAG